ACAGCUGACAAAACAGAAGCUUAAAGGCAGUGUGUGUAUUCUUUGUGCCAGAACACGCAGGACGAUACGGACGAUAACAAAGAAAACUUCACAAUGACAACAUAAGUGCUCACGCUUAUGGAUCUCUUUUUGUAGAAUCAAGAAAAUUUGUUUGUUCACAUUUACUUUUAAGGAUCUUUAACCCUAGCUAUUGUUUUUUUUAAAUGUAUUUUAGCAAGUUGGUCUCCUGGGGAUAAGGUGUUGAUGGUCGUUGACCAUUUUCCUGCAGUUGUUGAUAGUGAUUGUUUGUUGGUGGAGGGCCAGAUACAAUCAUGGUGCUCAUUCUGGGUCGCCGUCUGAAUCAUGAGAUCUCCAGUUGCGUGCCGGAAUCACCGGCAAUCAAACGUAAAGUCUUUGAGGUGGAGUCUAAGACCCUGAGCGACGUGUACAACUUCAGUUCCGGUUCUUCUCACUCUGAGAGCGUCCUUCAGGUCUUCAAUGAGUUCCGUGACAGCCGCCUCUUCACGGACGUGAUCAUAAGCGUCCAGGGUCGCGAGUUCCCGUGUCAUCGCGCCGUCCUGUCGGCCUGCAGCAGUUACUUCCGUGCCAUGUUCUGCAACGACCACAGAGAGAGCCAUGAGAUGCUUGUAGAGAUCAACGGCAUCCAGGCAGAUGCUAUGGACAUGUUCCUGCAGUAUGUUUACACUGGUCAUGCCUGCAUCACCACACACAAUGUCCAGUUCCUGUUUGAGACCUCCAGCCUCUUCCAGAUCAACACUCUGCGGGAUGCUUGCGCAAAAUUCCUGGAAGAGCAGUUGGACCCCUGCAACUGCCUCGGGAUCCAGCGUUUCGCAGAUGCCCACUCUCUCAAACAGCUGGCCAGUCGCUGCCGUGCUUUUGCCUUAUUGAAUUUUCCAGAGGUGGCUCAGCAUGAGGAGUUUCUAGACCUCCACAAGGAUGAGCUGGAGGAAUACUUGGCCAGCGAUGAGCUGUGUGUUGGCAGGGAGGAGGUGGUGUUCGAGGCAGUGAUGCGUUGGGUCUACCAUGGCGUGGAGUACCGCAGACCCAUGCUGAAAGAUCUGCUACAACAUGUCCGACUGCCUCUCCUUCACCCAAACUAUUUUGUACAGACGGUGGAAGGCGAUAAACUGAUCCAGAAUGCUCCAGAAUGUUACCAGUUGCUGCAUGAAGCACGUCGCUAUCACAUACUUGGCAAUGAGAUGAUGUCGCCACGAGCCAGACCCCGAAGGUCUACUGGUUUCUCUGAGGUCAUUGUGGUGGUGGGAGGCUGUGAGCGAAUGGGGAGUUUCAAUCUGCCAUACACAGAAUGUUACGACCCCGUGACUGGAGAGUGGACGUCUCUUGCUAAACACCCUGAGUACACCAAGUCUGAGUAUGCAGUGUGCGCUCUUCGCAACGACAUCAUUGUGUCAGGUGGACGCAUCAACAGCAGUUACGUCUGGAUGUAUAACUCUCAGCUCAACAUCUGGAUCAGAGUGGCUUCUCUUAAUAAGGGUCGCUGGAGACAUAAGAUGACCGUCCUACUGGGGAAGGUGUAUGCAGUUGGAGGUUAUGAUGGGAAGUCUUGUCUCAGUAACGUGGAGGUGUAUGACUCCUUCUCCAACCGCUGGACUGAGGUGGCCCCCAUGAAUGAAGCCGUCUCCUGCCCGGCGGUCACAAGCUGUGCGGGAAAACUUUUCGUCAUUGGAGGAGAACCUUAUGAAAACAGCUGCUCCAAUAAGGUCCAGUGUUAUGACCCAGAGUCAGACAGCUGGCAGCUGAAGGCAUGUAUUCCUUUCACCAAACCCAAUAUUUCUGCCGUUUCUCUCAAACAACUCAUCUACGUUUGUGGUGGCCUCACCAAGUCCAUCUACUGCUACGAUCCUUCACAGGACUACUGGAUGCAUGUGGGCCACACCUUCAGCAGACAGGAGAGUUGCGGUAUGUCAGUUUGCAAUGGAAAGAUCUACAUAAUGGGUGGACGGGGAGAAAAUGGUGAAGCCUCUGACAACAUUGUGUGCUACAACCCAGCCUCUGGCAUCAUCACAUGCACGGCUGCAAUGCCUCGCUCCAUUUCCUACCAUGGCUGUGUUACCAUACACCGCUUCAGCGAAAAACAACGCAAACCCUGAAAGCAUCUGCAAACACACAUGCAAACUGUUCCAAACAUGGAGCUGUAGACACUUACAUGCAUAUUAAAAAUACAUAAAAAUCAUCUAAACAACUUUGCAACAUUUA